UCCUUCCUCAGGUCCGCCCUGGCCGAGGCGCGGCUGCGGGAGCUGGGGACCCGAGACGUGGCUCCGGGCGGAAGACCAUGUUGGACUUCGCGAUCUUCGCCGUUACCUUCUUGCUGGCGCUGGUGGCAGCGGUGCUCUACCUCUACCCGGCUUCCAGACAAGCUGCAGGAAUUCCAGGGAUUACUCCAACGGAUGAAAAAGAUGGUAAUCUUCCAGAUAUUGUGAACAAUGGAAGUUUGCAUGAGUUCCUGGUAAAUUUGCAUGAGAGAUAUGGGCCUGUGGUCUCCUUCUGGUUUGGCAGGCGCCCAGUGGUUAGCUUGGGCACUGUCAAUGUGCUGAAGCAGCAUAUCAACCCCAAUAAGACAUUGGACCCUUUUGAAACGAUGCUAAAGUCAUUGUUAAGGUAUCAAUCUGGUGGUGGGAAUGUGAGUGAAAACUACACAAGAAAAAAAUUGUAUGAAAAUGGUGUGACUGAUUCUCUGCAGAGUAAUUUUGCUCUCCUGCUAAAGCUUUCAGAAGAAUUAUUAAAUAAAUGGCUCUCCUACCCAGAGUCCCAGCACAUACCCCUUUGCCAGCAUAUGCUUGGUUUUGCUAUGAAGUCUGUUACACAGAUGGUAAUGGGUAGUACAUUUGAAGAUGACCAGGAAGUCAUUCGCUUCCAGAAGAAUCAUGGCACAGUUUGGUCUGAGAUCGGGAAAGGCUUUCUAGAUGGAUCACUUGAUGAAAGUACAACUCGGAAAAAACAAUAUGAAGAUGCCCUUAUGCAACUGGAAUCUAUUUUGAAGAAAAUCAUAAAAGAACGAAAAGGAAAGAACAUUAGUCAACGCAUUUUCAUUGACUCCUUAGUACAGGGAAACCUUAAUGACCAACAGAUCCUAGAAGACAGUAUGAUAUUUUCUCUGGCAAGUUGCAUAAUAACUGCAAAAUUGUGCACCUGGGCAAUCUGUUUUUUAACCACCUCUGAAGAAGUACAGAAAAAACUAUAUGAAGAGAUAGACCAAGUUUUUGGGAAGGGUCCUAUUACUCCAGAGAAAAUGGAGCAGCUCAGAUAUUGUCGACAAGUGCUUUGUGAGACUGUUCGGACUGCCAAACUGACCCCAGUUUCUGCCCGGCUUCAAGAUAUUGAAGGAAAGAUCGACAAAUUCAUUAUUCCUAGAGAGACCCUUGUUCUUUAUGCCCUUGGUGUGGUACUUCAAGAUCCCAGUACUUGGCCAUCACCAUACAAGUUUGAUCCAGACCGGUUUAAUGAUGAAUCAGUAAUGAAUACUUUCUCCUUGCUUGGAUUCUCAGGCACACAGGAAUGCUCAGAGUUAAGGUUUGCGUAUAUGGUGACCACAGUACUUCUGAGUGUGUUGGUGAGGAGACUGCACCUGCUGCCUGUGGAGGGUCAAGUUAUUGAAACUAAGUAUGAACUGGUAACAUCCUCCAAGGAAGAAGCUUGGAUCACUGUCUCAAAGAGAUAGUAAAAAUUUUACAUUACACUUUGGUGAGGAAAACGCCCACUUAGAAAAUUUAUAUUGAAUUCUUUUACAAACCAAGUAACAUUGUGGAAAAUAAUACAGUUCUUUUUUUAUGCAUUUUGUAAUUUCCCUUCUAAGUGACAAACUAAAAUUGAGGCUUGUUUGUCCUUCUGUUUUGCUGGAAUUCUUUUUUUUAAAAAAUAUUUUUAAAUUGAUUUUAAAGAGGAAAGGAGAAGGAGAGAGAGAUAGAAACAUCAAUGAUGAGAGAGAAUCACUGAUUGGCUGCCUCCUGCAUGAUCAGGGAUCAAGCAGGCAACCUGGGUAUGUGCCUUGACCGGGAAUUGAACUGUGACCUUCUGGUUCAUAGGUCGACGCUCAACCACUGAGGCACCAUGGCUGGGCUGGAAUUCUUAUUAGCACUAAAUUACUCUACUAAUUCUCAAUUGUGGAAAAAACAGAAUUUCUAAAUUUAUUUAUUAUGUCAUAUACUUAACAUAAUGAAUUUAUUAUUAAGAAAUGAGAGCCGUAACUGGUUUGGCUCAGUGGAUAGAGCGUCGGCCUGCGGACUGAAGGGUCCCAGGUUCGAUUCCGGUCGGGGGCAUGUACCUGGGUUGCGGGCACAUACCCAGUAGGGGGUGUGCAGGAGGCAGCUGAUCGAUGUUUCUCUCUCAUUGAUGUUUCUAACUCUCUAUCUCUCUCCCUUCCUCUCUGUAAAAAAUUAAUAAAAUAUAUUAAAAAAAAAAAGAAAGAAAUGAGAGAGCACUAAUCAAAAUCCAAACCAAAUUAAGAAGAAAACAAAGAUGGGUGAAAAUAAUUGCAAAAUAUAGGAUAGAAAGGGAUAAUAACUAUAUUACUUAUAAAGAGCUUAUACAGAUUGGUAAGAAAACAUACAGUUGAUAAAUGGAUAAAGAACAUGAAUAGCAGCUUUUAUAGGAAAAAAUAGCUAGUAAACUUUUAGAAAAAUGGUCAUUCUCACUAAGCAAAGAAAUAUUGGAGCUUUUUCAAAAACAAAUUAAGUAUCUUUUAACAUUAACACUUUAGUACUGAUAAGUUUUAUAUUUAAUACUUUUUAUUGAUAGCAUUGUAUUUAAUCCACUUUUUUUGUUUAUGCUGUUCUUAAAGAUUUUUUUAAAACGCAUUUUUCCUUCAGUCAACUGAAGGAAAUGUGCCAAGUACAGAUAGCGAGAAAGGAAGAAAAAUGAAAAGUGUUGCAGGUGAGCUUAUUUUUGACACCCCUGAAUUUCAUUUGUAAAUUUAGUUCCAAGAAUGUACCCUAGUUAUUAUUAUUUUACGCUGUGUUUAUGGUUAAAUAGCUAACAUUUUAGACCUAGUUAUGAGUGAUGAACGUAGAAUUUAAUUAGAUGCAGGCUUUAUUUCUGACAAAACAUUUAACUUCUAGACUAAUUUAAAUUUUAAAACUUUAAGUCAAAUUUAAGUAUUCAUAGCUCCUAGCACCAUGUUUCUAAAAAAAAUAAAUUGUUAAAUUUAUUCCCACCCCACCUGUCAUUUUCUAUGGUUUUGUGUAGGUAGCACAUCUUCCUUUGUUUUCCAAGUACCUUAAUUGGUUGGAAAUUAGCAGUAAAAGGUAAGAGUGGGCAAUAGAUAUGUAAACCAAGUGUCAGUAAAAUUAGAUGAGAUAAAUGUAAUUUUUUUUAAUCCUCACUCGAGGAUAUUUUCCCAUUGAUUUUUAGAGAGUGCGGUAGAGAGAGGGGAAAGACAGAGAGAAAUAUCGAUGUGAGAGAAACACAUCAAAUGGUUUCCUCCUGCACAUGCCCUUGACCAGAAUCAAACUCGGGACCCUGGGGUCCACCCGUAGGCCAACACUCCUACUGAGCCAAAUCGGUUAGGGCAGUGGUCGGCAAAUUCAUUAGUCAACAGAGCCAAAUAUUAACAGUACAACAAUUGAAAUUUCUUUUGAGAGCCAAAUUUUUUAAACUUAAACUAUAUAGGUAGGUACAUUGUUAUUAACUUAAUUAGGGUACGCCUAAGGCUUAAGAAGAGCCACACUCAAGGGGUCAAAGAGCCGCAUGUGGCUCGUGAGCCGCAGUUUGCCAACCACGGGGUUAGGGUGAUAAGUGGAAAUUUAAAGUUAGUGAGACCUGAUCAGCAAUGAUCAAGGCAAAAACAGAGUAGCUGAACUAGAGUCAGGGAGUAGGCAUAUACCCAAUAAAUGAGGACCUAUAUAAUUACUAAUAAUGAUUGACAUCAAGGAAAAUAGAGGCUAGAAGAAUCAGCUAAAUAAGCACAUGUUAUUCAUAGUUACAUGACUAACUUAAAACAUUAAAAAAUCAUCUUCAAGAGGAUUAAAACAAUAAACAUAAUGUUAAUCAUGUAUAAAAUAAGUUGUCCAUUAACUGUUGUCUUAUUUUGCCCUUUAUCAAAUGACUGAAACUUUAGUAGCCACAGUGUCACUGAUGGCUCAUAGCAUAACUCUUGCAGGCCUCUUAAGUUUUGUAGCUUUUUGUUUUUUUAAAACUAUUUGUUCACUGACUGUGAUCUGCAUUCUUUUUUUUUUUUUUUUGCAUUCUUUUUGAUAGUUCAGAAGUGUAUUGUUCAAGGCAUUAGCACAACACAUUUUUAUGGAAUGGGAGAGCUCUUCUACACUUUGUGCUCAUAUAGCUCAAUAUAGCAUUAGUUCUGUGCAUGUGUUUGGGAAAAAUGGAAAACUCACAUGAUGGCCCACAAAUGUGCAGUUUCUUUUAUUUUUAUUUUUUAAAUAAAUAGAUUCUAUUUUA